UGGGCGGCAACACGUACAAACGGUCGGGCUGAAUCAGAAUGCCACAGACUGGUCCACGACGCAGCUGCGCUACACGUGUCUAGAUUAUCAGCGAUGGACAGAUCACUGUCAGAGAGCGUUGCUCGUCAUCCUGCGAGUGCUCAUAUGCAGCUCGUUAGGUUGGAGACUCGAUGAUCUUUGAGGUAGACAUUCACAACUGAACUCCUUCAGGAAUCAAGAGGUUUGUUGAAAUUGCCUGAGGAGAUUUGACAGCUUGCGGGAAGUAUGUUCACAUAAUUACUGCAGUCGGUUUUGGUGUUUAGUAACUGGAAGCCUGCAUUUCUCAGCCAAUCAUGAACAAUUCGGUUGUUUUAGCGCCCCUGGUGUCGAACUGCAGCUAUAUGUCUUGCCACGAUUUUGGCGAUUGCAAUGUUGUCUUGAGCUUCAGCGAGGAGGACGCGAUAGGAUAUUUGUACAGCGACUUGGACAAGCUGUAUUUCACCAUCAUUUUGCCAAUUUUAUUUGCAUUGGGAGUCCUGAGUAACGUUGCAUUUCUUCUCGUGAUAUACAAUGUGAAACGUAUGAGGACCUCCACCAAUUAUUGUCUGGCCAAUCUAGCUGUGGCUGAUGUGUUGUUCCUGAUGGGCUCGGUGGGUAGUAAACUUCUCAAAUAUGCCAACAGUCCUAUAACCAUCGACGACAGCUCGCUGGGCCUGGCCGGCUGCAUCGCGGUGUACCUCAUCAGCGAUACGGCGUACCUCCUCUCCCUGGCGGCUAUCACCCUCGUGUCGUUCGAGAAGUUCUACGCUGUGUGCUCGGCGUACCGAGCCCUGGGUGAUUCCCGCCGACGGGUGUUCGUCCGUCUUCUGGUGGCUUCCUGGAUAGUCGCGUUCUGUGUCGCUGUGUCUUUCAUCCCUUGCAUCGUGGAUUACGUAGUCGUCUGCUCUUUUUGGCCUCCUGGUGAUCCGUUCAACAGCUGGCCGAGUGAAUUCGCCUACUGUGGGCCAGUGGGAGACUGGGCCAUCUUAUACGGUGCUGGGGCCCAGGCUAUACCCUUCCUUCUCAUCUUUCCCAUCAAUGUGUAUCUUUACCUGCGCAUCAUCGUCAGCAUCACCCGUGCUAUCAAGGACACCAGCAUAGCGGGCAGAAAGAAGAAGAACAUUCGCCAGAGAAACCAGAUAGCCAUCAUGCUGAUUGUUAACGGUGCUGUAUUCUUUAUCUGCUUAGCCCCCUUCGAAAUGAUAAGUCUGUUUUACAUGAUAGCGUUCGCACACAACGGGGAGUUCAUCCUUCCCGAGGAUACACGACAAAGUCUCACAUCAUCGGCGAAGGUGUUGGCGUACCUCAACGCUGCCGUCAACCCGUUCGUGUACACCUGUAUGAGUGCGCAGUACCGAGAUGCAUUCUGUCAGACCUUCGGGAUUGGACGCUGCAGCAGGUCUGCGAACGGUGGUGAAACAGAAAGGCAACCGGUCUUCAAACGCGCGCGUCAGAUGUCCUCAAACCUCACUGCUUCAACUUCAGCGGGGAGCAGCAUGAAGAUCUACCACACCGUGCGUCCAACAGGCUCGCACAGAGUGUAUUAAUUUUACAAUGAUAUUUGGCAUGCCCUCACACAAAAAUCACUCUCUCCUAUUCAAACUAAGAACAAGACGAUAAGGGUGAAAUUCAUUAAGUGUGAGAUAUCAAGUCAUCUCUUUUUUUAGAUUCUUUCAUUUUCACAUUGAAGUCUGUCACUCAAAAUCUUAUUGUCUUCUGCAGUUUUAUUAGGAGACAGAGUGAUAUUUUCCUCCCUGGAAAUUACACAAUUAUUAAAUUGCCGAGGCCCGAACUGACUGGUCUUAACGGUUAGACAAGUGUCUUAGGCCACUGAAUUGCAAGCACGUUCCUAGUUACAUUCACUAUGAUUGCUGUGAUGAACGUAACUAUGAAUACCUGACGAGAACUGCUGGUGAUUAUCCAGUGUUGUCAUGAUCACAUUGCCCUGUUCAAAUGUCACCGACUUCGGUCCUCAGCUUUCUGUUAACUUAGUCUCAAAACUGAGAAGAUCUGUAGAUCGUAUAAUUAUCCGUUCUCUUAUUAGAAACUCGGUUUUUGCCUCGCCAGAAGUUUUAACACAUUAAUAUUCAGUGUUCAGUGUAAAUUAAUACUCAGUACAUGUAUGACGUCCGUCACGUGCCGACACACUUCUUCACCCCGAGUAUAUACGUGCGCCCAUGUUGAAGUCGUCGGACAGAAGAAAAAAUGAAGAACUUGAAAUGACUAUCACGUGCCGACAAGAGUACCGAAGUGUGACGUCACUUUGAACCAGAAAGUGCAGUGUAAACGA